CAAAUUUUGCACACCUGCGUGCAUCGGUGUCAUAUUACAGAUAAUUUAGGUUAAAAUAACAAAAUUGUCAGAAAUUAUGGAGUGAAGCUUCAAGCGAGGAUCAAGACUUUCGUAAAUCUAAAUUCAACGUAUGAACAGAAACCACGAUUAAUUUCUCCAUCCAAUAAUGCCAGAAAAGAAAGAAAAGAAAUCAAAAAAAGACAACUCAGAAUCAUCUAAAAAGCAACCCAAGAAGUCCAAUGGCUGCGUCAGCAACAAAGGCCCGGGUCCAGCGCGUUACCUGCUUCCGCCGCUGACCGGAUAUCCUCACCAUGAUGUAACGAGGUACCGAAAUCCCGCCUUUUCCUUCCGGGGCAGGCAGACGUCGGGAAUGCCAUGCAACGGUCCUGGGCCAAAGUACUACGUCACCAGUCCACCAAGGCCCCCGGCAUUCUCUUUCGGGGCCCGAGCAACGUCAACGAGUAAAUCCUGCACCCCGGGACCAUACAAACUCCCGGAUAGUCCACGUUCGCCAAUAUUCACAAUCAGCGGAAGAACGAACCCCAGGACGGCUGGCGUCACUCCAGGACCAUACCAGCUGCCUCCCGUGUUGGGAUGUCGGAUACCCUACAAGACGGCUUCGCCUUGUUUCACAUUCGGAGCUCGACCCUGCGGGACCAAAUGUGACGGUAGUCCGGGUCCUAAGGGCCUGACGAACCUAGACGUGAUAAGACCCCGGGCCCCAAGGUUCAGCCUUGGGCCUCGACAUACCGGGAGCCUUAAGACUUGUGGUCCUGGUCCGAAGUACAUGUACUGCUACAAGUGUCACAAGUGUGCGCCAAACUUCAGCUUCGGCAUACGUCACAGUGACUGUGCACCACCCUUGAUAACUGAGUGUGAUGAGAAGUGUUGAACUUUUCUACUUUUUACGGAGAGCUGUAUACCGAUCAAUGAUUGUGACAAAUUGUAAUUACAUAGUCAGAUUGAGAAUGCUUAA